CUCCCUCUCUCGCUCGACUCUUUAAUCUUUAUCCCUCUCGUUCCUCCUUUCCCCUCCAUUUCUCCUCCAACCGCGUCCACAAAAGCGAAAAAGAGGGAGGGGAGAGAGAGAGAGAGAGAGAGAGAGAGAGGAGAAUCGACGAAUCCCUAGCCUCAGAUUUGGUCGAUCGGGUCGAGUUUCAGGGGAUUUGAUCGCCGCCUCCCAUGGCUUCGAAGCGGAUCAUCAAGGAGUUGAAGGAUCUACAGAAGGAUCCCCCAACGUCCUGUAGCGCAGGUCCGGUGGCUGAAGAUAUGUUUCAUUGGCAAGCAACAAUAAUGGGUCCACCAGACAGUCCUUAUGCAGGAGGAGUCUUUUUGGUUACCAUUCACUUUCCUCCAGAUUAUCCAUUCAAACCACCGAAGGUAGCAUUCAAGACAAAGGUCUUCCAUCCAAAUAUUAACAGCAACGGGAGCAUUUGCCUGGACAUCUUAAAAGAGCAGUGGAGUCCUGCAUUAACCAUUUCCAAGGCAGCAAUUGAAGGCGUAACGCAAAGAGGGCGACUCUUUGAAUAUGCAAUUUCGGGAGCAUGGCCAGGGCCUAUUAACCAUAUCCUUGUAUUCAAGUGUCAAAAAGGCAUUUGCAAGGUCUUUCCACUUGCGAAUUCCUGCUAUUCAAAGCAAGGGUAUUGCUCUCUAUUUGCUCCCUCUUGACCGAUCCAAACCCGGACGACCCGCUGGUUCCGGAGAUUGCACAUAUGUACAAGACGGACAAGAACAAGUACGAAUCCACCGCACGAAGCUGGACCCAGAAAUAUGCCAUGGGCUAAAAGUUCUUCUUGAAUCGGAGAUUGUUCGGGGUCAUUUGGCCUCUUAAUUUAGUACAACCUGUUUGUGAUUUGUAAAGUUGGUGUAUGUCAAUUUAACUUGGUGGCUACGCUUGAAAGAGUAAAAGCCUCGGCAACUAUCCAAAAAGGGAAGUAAACGAUUGCUGUAUCUGAUUAUUUGUGUGGGGAUGCGGUGUUUAGACCAUUAAACUCGCUUCCAUUGUUUUCAGUUAGCUAAAUUAAUCUCUAUUACCUUUGAUAAUCA